CUCUUCCUUACUUCACCUCAUAUCAUUAUUCGUUUCAUGUAUACGCCAUGUUCACUGGUAACGGAAUCAAAAUAUUCUCUGGCACCAGCCAUCCUGAGCUCGCAGAGAUCAUAACACGCCGCCUCGGCAUCCCUCUGAGCAAGGCAGAAGUCAUGAAAAGCGGCAUUGGAGAGACGAGCGUGCGCAUCGCCGAAUCCGUGCGCGAGGACGAUGUCUACAUCAUCAACACUGGUUGCAACCAGGUGAACACCGCGCUCAUGGAGCUGUGCAUCAUGGUGCAUGCCUGCAAGAUCGCGAGCGCGAAGCGCAUAACGGCCAUCAUCCCCCUUUUCCCGUAUGCCCGCCAGGACAAGAAGGACAAGAGCCGGGCGCCCAUUACCGCAAAACUGGUCGCGAACAUGAUACAAAAGUCCGGGUGCGAUCAUGUAGUGACUAUGGACCUGCACGCCUCACAAAUACAGGGAUUCUUCGACGUGCCUGUAGACAAGCUGUAUGCGGAGCCGUCUGUUAUCCAGUAUAUCCGCACCAACUUCGCCCUGUCGGAUAUCGUCAUCGUUUCGCCGGACGCGGGAGGUGCCAAGCGAGCCACAUCCAUCGCAGACCGGCUAGGCGUGGACUUUGCCCUAUUCCACAAGGAGCGCAAGAAGGCAAAUGAAGUGUCGCGAAUGGUGCUUGUCGGUCGCGUGAAGGGGAAGACGGCCAUUCUGGUGGACGACAUGGCGGACACUUGCGGCACCCUCUGUCUUGCAGCACAACACCUGUCCGAGGCCGGGGCAACUAGAGUGUUCGGCCUGGUCACUCACGGGAUCCUGAGUGGGAACGCCUUGAAAGCCAUAGAGGAAAGCGCGCUUGAGAAGUUGAUCGUUACCAACACCCUGCCGCAACAAGAGAACCAGGAGAAAUGCAGUAAAAUCGAGGUAAUCGACAUUGGCAACGUGCUAGCCGAGGUCGUCAGGAGAAGUCACUAUGGAGAGAGCGUAUCGAAACUGUUCGACGAGGUGCCGUACUAGAGACAUCGCCGGGAUCGGACCUCAGGGUGUCGACCGUACCCACACGCUGUAGCAUCAAGAGAUAUAUGUUCAGUUUCAGGAUAGACGUAUU